GCUGGCGCCGGCCUCUUGGGCUGUGUGGCCAAGGGGCCGUGGUGGUCCAGCCACCUCGGGGGAGCCACCGCAGUGGAGCGAUGUAUGAGUGCCAUGCAGGCGGGGACGCAGAUGGUGAAGCUCCGUGGCGGCUCCAAGGGCCUGGCCCGCUUCUACUUCCUGGACGACCAUCGCUCCUGCAUCCGCUGGCGGCCCUCACGCAAGAACGAGAAGGCCAAGAUCUCCAUCGACUCCAUCCAGGAGGUGAGCGAGGGUCGGCAGUCAGAGGUCUUCCAGCGCUUCCCCGACAGCAGCUUCGACCCCAGCUGCUGCUUCAGCAUCUACCACGGCAGCCACCGAGAGUCGCUGGACCUGGUCUCGCCCAGCGGCGACGAGGCGCGCACCUGGGUCACCGGCCUGCGCUACCUCAUGGCUGGCAUCCGUGACGAGGACAGCCUGGCCCGCCGCCAGCGCACCCGGGACCAGUGGCUGAAGCAGACGUUUGACGAGGCUGACAAGAACGGCGAUGGCAGCCUGAGCAUCGGGGAGGUCCUGCAGCUGCUGCACAAGCUGAACGUGAACCUGCCGCGGCAGAGGGUGAAGCAGAUGUUCAAGGAAGCAGACACAGACGACCACCAGGGGACACUGGGCUUCGAGGAGUUCUGUGCCUUCUACAAGAUGAUGUCCACCCGCCGGGACCUCUACCUGCUCAUGCUGGCCUACAGCGAGCACAAAGACCACCUGGACGCCGCCGACCUGCAGCGCUUCCUGGAGGUGGAGCAGAAGAUGACGGGCGUGACCCUCGAGAGCUGCCGUGACAUCAUCGAGCAGUUUGAGCCCUGCCCGGAGAACAAGAGUAAGGGGACCAUGGGCAUUGACGGGUUCACCAACUACACUCGGAGCCCCGCUGGCGACAUCUUCAACCCGGAGCACCACCGCGUACACCAGGACAUGACGUGGCCGCUGAGCCACUAUUUCAUCACCUCGUCUCACAACACCUACCUCGUGGGCGACCAGCUCAUGUCCCAGUCGAGGGUGGACAUGUACGCCUGGGUCCUGCAGGCCGGCUGCCGCUGCGUGGAGGUGGACUGCUGGGAUGGGCCUGACGGGGAGCCCAUCGUGCACCAUGGCUACACUCUGACCUCCAAGAUCCUCUUCAAAGACGUCAUUGAAACCAUCAACAAAUACGCCUUUGUCAAGAGCGAGUACCCAGUGAUCCUGUCCAUCGAGAACCACUGCAGUGUCGUCCAGCAGAAGAAGAUGGCCCAGUAUCUGACCGACAUCCUUGGGGACAAGCUGGACUUGUCGUCAGUUAGCAGCGAGGAUGCCACCACGCUACCCUCUCCACAGAUGCUCAAGGGCAAGAUCCUGGUGAAGGGCAAGAAGCUCCCAGCCAACAUCAGCGAGGACGCUGAGGAGGGCGAGGUGUCUGAUGAGGACAGUGCAGACGAGAUCGAUGAGGACUGCAAGCUCCUCAACGGGGAUGCCUCCACCAAUCUGAAACGUGUGGAAAACAUUGCCAAGAGGAAACUGGAUUCCCUAAUGAAGGAGGCGAAGAUUCGGGACUGCGAAGACCCCAGUGACUUCACCGCGUCCACACUGCCCCCGCCUGGCAAACUCGGGCACACGGCAGAGGCCAAAAAGAAAAAGAGCGGCAAGCUGAAGAAGGCGGCCAGCGUGGAGGAGGGGGACGAGGGCCCGGACGCCCAGGGCGGUCAGAGCCGAGGGGCCACCCGGCAGAAGAAGACCGUGAAGCUGUCCCGGGCCCUCUCAGACCUGGUCAAAUACACCAAGUCCGUGGGCAUCCACGACGUGGAGAUGGAGGGUGAGGGCUGGCAGGUGUCUUCCUUCAGCGAGACCAAGGCCCAGCAGAUCCUGCAGCAGAAGCCGGCUCAGUACCUGCGCUUCAACCAGCACCAGCUCUCUCGCAUCUACCCCUCCUCCUACCGAGUGGAUUCCAGCAACUACAACCCGCAGCCCUUCUGGAACACCGGCUGCCAGAUGGUCGCCCUGAACUACCAGUCGGAGGGGCGGAUGCUCCAGCUGAACCGGGCCAAGUUCAGCGCCAACGGCAGCUGUGGCUACGUGCUCAAGCCCCAGUGCAUGUGCCGGGGCGUCUUCAACCCCAACUCCGAGGACCCUUUGCCCGGUCAGCUCAAGAAGCAGCUGGUGCUUCGGAUCAUCAGUGGACAGCAGCUCCCCAAGCCGCGGGACUCCAUGCUGGGGGACCGAGGGGAGAUCAUCGACCCCUUCGUGGAGGUGGAGGUCAUUGGGCUCCCCGUGGACUGCAGCAAGGAGCAGACGCGCGUGGUGGACGACAACGGAUUCAACCCCAUGUGGGAGGAGACCCUGGUGUUCACGGUGCACAUGCCUGAGAUAGCGCUGGUGCGCUUCCUCGUCUGGGACCAUGACCCCAUUGGGCGUGACUUCAUAGGCCAAAGGACGCUGGCCUUCAGCAGCAUGAUGCCAGGCUAUCGGCACGUGUACCUGGAGGGGAUGGAAGAGGCCUCCAUCUUUGUCCACGUGGCCGUCAGUGACAUCAGUGGUAAGGUCAAGCAGGCUCUGGGCCUAAAAGGCCUGUUCCUCCGAGGCCCAAAGCCCGGCUCCCUGGACAGUCAUGCUGCUGGGCGGCCCCCGCCCCGGCCCUCUGUUAGCCAGCAGCUCCUGCGGCGCACGGCCAGCGCCCCAACCAAGAGUCAGAAGCCAGGCCGCAAGGCCUUCCCAGAGCUGGUCCUGGGCCCGCAGGACCUGGGCUCUGAGGGGGAGGCCAGCGACGCGGCACCUUCCAGCCCCAGCCCCGCUCCCGAGGCCCCGGCCCUGGAGGAGCUGGGCAGCCGCAGCCCUCGAGACACGCGGCCAUCAGCCAACGCCCACCCCUUCUCCUCCCUGUGCAGCCUGGAAACCAUUGCCGAGGAGCCAGCCUGGGGUCCUGGCCCCCCACCGCCGGGGGCCGUCUCCCCCAGCCACGCCCCUGGAGGGCCCCAGUGCUCUGCGGGGCCCGGCACCAGCUCGGCGAGCCCCCCAAGGGUGGCUCUGGGAGCUUCCGGGCCCCUCCAGCUCGGGACCGGGAGCCAAGGGAACGCUGAGCCAGCCCCUGAAAGCAGGCAGUCGGCGUGCCACGGCUGGGGCCCUGCUGGGGCCUGCAAGGGCGCCCCCGGUAGCCAGACGGAUGGCAGGGGCCACCCCCGGGCUCUGGGCCACGUGCUCAGAAGGGCCAGGAGCGAGGGGCAGGUCCCCUCGGAGUCCCUGGGUGGACGGUGGCCCCUGGCCAGGCCCCGCCCUAUCGUGUCCUUGGAUGCCACUGGCGGUGACCAGCUAUGGCAGGCGCUGGAGCCAGGCAGCCACUGUGGCAGCGUGUCCCCGUCCUCCAGCCUGUCAUCUGGUGACACGGCCAUCGACCUCUCCCUGCAGGGCCUGGGCUUGGGACUUGACAGCCUCCCGGGGGCCCCGGCGGGACGCCUGCCCCUGUGGCCCUGCUUGGCCUCGGCCGCCUGCCUGGACCUGCCUGCUGUGACCAAGAGCAAAUCCAACCCCAACCUGCAGGCGGCUGGCCAGCUGCCUGUGGGGCCUGACGAGCUGCAGCCCCGCCCCCUGGCCCCAUGGCCACCCUGGGCCCACCACCCCCUGGUGGGCCUCCCGGACUGCACUGUGGCUGCCAAGUCCAAGAACCUUGGGGACCUGACCGUGGACGACGUUGCCCCCCGCCUGGAGAGCCCAGGCCGUGGCCUGGGCCUGGCCGGGGAGAGGCCGGCAGGGCGGGGGGCGCGGCUAGACGCCCUGACGGAGCAGCUGCGCAGGCUCACGGGGUUCCAGCAGGCUGGGGGCAUCACGUUGCCCACCAGCGGGGGGGCAGCGGGGGUCCCGGCUGGGGAGGGGGCAGCGGGGGCCCCGGGCUUCCUGCGGCGUUCCUCCUCCCGCAGCCAGAGCCGUGUGCGCGCCAUCACCAGCCGGGCCCACCGGGCCCGGGAGCGGCAGCAGCGGCUGCAGGGCCCGAGGGGCUCCCCAGAGAAGGAGCGGGGCACCCCUGAGGGCGCCUGCUGCGUGGGCCAAGAGGGCUGUGGGGAUGUGCCGGCCCCCGCCAAGGGCGCCACCAACCAGCUGUCAGGUGCUGCCGCCACUGGCCUCCUGCUGUAGCCCAGGGCUGGGCGGGGCCCGCGUUUGCUCAGGGUGCGGAGCUGCUGCCCCCGAGGCUGCCGCCUGUCCGGUGUGGCUGUGCCCCUCGGCCCUGCCCCUCCUCCUGGGAGGAAGGAGCCCACCCUGGGGCAGGGCAGAGUUUUCACGAUCUUUUAAGAUCCACGUACACAUAGAAAGAUAACUUAAAUUUUUAGAGGCAAAGCUUCUACAAUAAGAAAAUGGUGCCGUGUCCUUUUCCACUUUCCCCUGGUUUCAGCUGCGGGGCGUGUGCGGGCGCGCGUCUGCCGGGCCCUGCCAUGCGAGGUGCCCAGUGACCUGGAGCGUGGCCUCCCCGGCCCGACUGCUGGCUUGUUCUGCACACACUGCUCUGUACGGGACAUUGUAGACUCUUGUAAACUCCUGAACACAGCUCCAAUAAACACGCUUGUGCUUG